AUGGACGUGCAUUCGAGAGAUCUUGAGCCUAUCCACAUGUACAUCAACACACUGGCAAACGGCGAGCUUCACAGUCAUUCCACACCCAUCACCGAAUUCCUCAAAACGGAAGUCAGUGUUCCCUCCUAUGGCAACCUCCAAGUAACGUGGCUACAUGUACCAGUCAAUGACAUGGGAUGGGUUGAGACACUGAUGAAAAAAUGGUAUCCAAAGUCUGAUGGACUAGAUGAAAGGUUCUGGUCCUUUAAAUUGCGUCCAGCUCCCUCACAGAUCAAGACCAAGCCGUAUCAUUCGCAGCACAUGGAUCCUUCUUGUGCUUUGAACAGCGGUGAUUUAUCACCAACCCGUAUUGUUCCCAGUGAAGAUCAGUCCUUGGUUCAACAGGCCGCUGUGGAGUCGUCUCAAGGUCUGGUGGAGAGUAUUAGAGAGCAACCGCUGCUUCAUCUCUAUCUUCCAUAUAUGGCCUGGCAGUACUAUGGGGACUUUGAAAAGGGUUGCGCCUUGAGGUUGAGCGGUGCGUCUGAAACACUAGAUCGGCAAAACACAGGGAGUGAUGAGGACAGCAACGCAAGGAACGAUGCACGAGUACAUCCAAGAAGAAGCCUUGACCAGUUCUAUUACUCUUCUCUAGCUGAUACGUCGAAAAGAGACGCCGAUCAGACAAUUUCAAAAUGGACUGGUUCUGACAUUCCUGAGGAUGGAAGAAACGAGGCGGCAGCCGACAGCCUGAUGAUCGUCGUGGACCAAAUAUGGUGCUGGGUCCUUGAUAACCUUUUGUCGUUCUUUCCCUCCCCAACCCAGGAUGCAAAAGGUGCAAGCGUGAGGUUCAUUGGGCUAUAUGAGAGUAUAUGCCAGCAAUGCACUAGUUGUAAGACAGUGUGGGAUCUAUACUCCUGUCUCGUCAAAGAGGCUACCACAUUUCUCUUCCAUCAGGUGAACAGAAACUUUACAGACCUCCUUGAGGUUUACAGCUGGGUGGUCAACAAAAAGGUGGCAAGCCAGACAGAAUACUUCCAGAUGUUCCACGAAUACAAUUCAACUGGACAGUUGGAAUCCGCCUUUCUCGACGGCAGUCAGGAGUUAAGGCUAGUACUAGACGUCGCGGACAUUAUUGAUGAGCUGAAAAUGAUUCAACAUAUAGUUCACAAACAGAGAGAAGUGAUUAAAUCUCUCGUCGUUGCAUUACGCACUCCUUCCGACGCAAAAGAUGACUCCAAUGAAACAAUCGUCCAUACGGUGUUGACGAUCUCAGGAAACGAAGCCGGUGGAAGCGCCAAACAGACUAAUUUGAUAAUAUUCAACCCCCAAACUGGGCUCACUUUGUCUGAAACAAUCCGUUUCCUCGCUCAAGGUAUCUCUGGCAACGCGCGUAGUAUACUGAUACAUGCUGAUGAGGAACUCAACCUGUUGCUGAUCGGCUUGGACACGGUGAAAAGAGACGCAAGUACAGCGCACAAAGAGCUUCUCAACCUCCUUGAUCUAAAACAAAAAGCGGCCGCCCUUGCAGAGGCUCGAGCGACAUCCCAGCAAGGGCGGGUUAUACUACUGUUCACCAUUGUGACCAUCGUCUUUUUACCACUUUCUUUCUUCACUUCAUACUUCGGACAGAAUGUUUCCGACAUAACUGGAGAUGAGAACAAUCCUACAACCUGGGACCUGUGGCGCUACGGCACUCCAAUCAGCAUUGUGGUAAUACUUUCGGCACUAGCGAUUGCGUAUUAUAUUGCUGGGCCCGAUACGCACCGAUGGAACCGCCAGGCGUACAGAAAUCGCCGUGGAUGUGUUUGA